AGAGAGACAGAGGAGUAUAUCAGAAGGCUCAGUGCCUCACUGUGUCUCUGAUUUUGAUGCAUGCGAGUGAAGCAAAAACUGAAAAUGAAUUAAGAAAAACUGAAAGAAAGAAAAUAUGAUUUAGAAGGAUAGAAACUUUGUGGCUUGUGCUUGACAAGUUCUUAGCUUUGUCAAUAUUCAUCUUUGUCUCUCUGCAUUUGGGUUUUGUUUUGUGAACUUUUCAGAGAAGAAAACCAGUAAGGAAUUACUGGUUUACUUUGGGGACGGUUGAGGUCUUUUGAUAAUGUUGGGAAGCGUCAAUUUAUGGUGGUUAAUUUGAUGGCUGAUUCUGCUUCAGAGUCUUAUGUUCAAUCUGACACUUUUGGCCUAAGGCAAAUAAGCAGUUCUAUUUUUGGUAUUCCUGGGUUCCUUUUCGGAGUUAGUUCUAAAGGUCCUUCUGAUAUGGACUCUGUUAGGAGCCCUACAUCUCCUCUAGAUUUUAGAGUUUUUGCAAACCUUAGCAACCCAUUUGGUGUUAAGUCUCCUAGAUCAGCAUCCCAAAAUGGCUGUCAAAUGAAGUGGGAUUGUAGUAAGGUUGGCCUUGGCAUCAUAAAUUCCCUUUCUGAGGAAAACAAAUCAAGCGGUGAAGUUCUUGAAUCAUUAAAGAGGAAGAAUAUCGUUUUUGGGCCACAGGUGAAGGCUGCCAAACCUAAGUCCUCAAGUCAUUACUAUGGCUCAGUUAAACCUUUUACCAAAUGCAGUUCUUUGCCUAGAAACUACAUGAUUACUCCGGUUUCUCAAAACAAAACUCUUGAGGUUCAAUUGGGUAGCUCGAAUGGUCUUAUUGAGCAUAGAGGAUUCCCAUUAGAGCCUGAAUCAUUAAACAGUUCUGUGCCUUGUUUGUUGGAUUCAACAAGGUUUUCCUCUCCUAUAAUCUGCUCAAGUCAAAGUCCCAAUAUGAGUUGCAAAGCAUUUUGUUCAACAGAUAGAACUACCACAAUGAGUGAACCGCUGGUUACUGAAAGAAGUUCCUUCAUGGAAGGCCUUAAGUCAAAUUCUCUUCCAAUUCCCAUUAGUUUUGGCAAUGGAUAUGUUGGUUCUCUCUCUGCACAUGAAGUAGAGCUUUCUGAGGAUUAUACUUGUAUAAUAUCCCAUGGUCCAAAUCGCAAAACAACUCAUAUUUUUGGUGACUGUAUUGUGGAAUGUCAAACCCAUGAGUUGGCCAAUUUUGCCAAAAAGGAAGAGCAAGGGAUUCAAUUGCCGAAAGGUGAUACGUACCAGAAGGGUUUAACCCCUUAUCCAUCUGAUGAAUUUUUGAGCUUCCAUUACUCGUGCAAUAAAAAAUUGGAAAAGGGUGCAGACAUUUAUAUUUACAGUGGCGAGAAAGCAUUUUGCAGUUAUGAUUGCCAUUCCGAGGAUAUAUUUGCUGAGGAAGAAAUAGAGAAAAGUUGUGACAAUACUCCCAAAAUCUCUCUUGGAUCAAGCUACCAUGAAGAUCUCUUCUCAAUGGGUAUGCCCAUGACAUAAGGGCUGUAAUUGCUUUUUCCCUUGCUCCCAUGUCCAUGAGUGAUGACGUUGUCACUAAGUUUUAAGUGUCCGUAUCAUUAAAAAGUGCUGCGUAUGUGAAUCUGUUUGUGGCCUUGGAUGAUCACACUUUAGUCAUGUUGUUUGUGGACUUUCAUGGCAUGGUGAAUCAUGGGAGGCAACAGCUUAGAGUUUCAUUCUGUGUCAGGAUAUACAUAAUAAUUUGAGACUCUUUUUUUUCACUUCAUAUUUUGAUUAGAUGGGUUAGCAGUGGUCUAAAGUCUGGACUCAUCAGGUUUCUUUCAUCUUCUCAUGCUACCUUUCCCGCUUAGAGUUUGUGUAGGAGCCGUUCAGCUUUAUUGAACUCAUUAUGAGAAGCAUGAGGCAUUGGCAUGAGAUUUGAUAUUCAAUAUCUUGUUACUAUUUUAUGUAUCUCAGUCCUGGUGUUUGAAUUAGAUAAUAAAAAAGAAUGGCUGAAGUUUUUAGUUGCCA